AUGUCACCUCCAGCAGCUAUUCACACCCUUCCUAUCAUCGGCAUGCCAGCCCCCAAGACAGCCGAGGCAACCGUUACCGAAUCUAUCUUCACAAGCGAUGGCGAUAGCGACUCCGACAGUGCAGGUUCAACUGCAGACUCAACUACAGCCUCCAGCGCAGCCGAACCUCCAGUCGAACCCCCAGCCGAGACUAGCAAGCCUAAACCAUUCCCGAUGUUUGGUCUUGGUGCUUCAGCGUCUCUCGAAGACAAGAUCAGACAGCGCGAGUACAUGAAGGGCCGGUUGGCAGCGGCUUUCCGCAUCUUCGGAAAAUUUGGAUACGACGAAGGAGUGGCGGGCCAUAUCACCAUCCGCGAUCCUGUCGACCCACAGACCUUCUGGGUCAAUCCUUUUGGUACCGCUUUUGCGUUGAUGAAGGCGUCUGAUUUGAUCCAGGUGGAUCACUCUGGAAAAGUUAUUGCUGGUGGCGCCAAUCGCUUGCUUAACUCGGCGGCAUUCAUGAUCCAUUCCGCUAUCCACGAGGCUCGCCCGGACGUGAUGUGCGCGGCCCACACCCAUAGCCUGUACGGGCGGGCGUAUAGCUCCCUAGGUCGACCGCUCGAUAUGAUUACGCAGGAUUCUUGCGCCUUUUACAAUGACCUAGCGGUGUACAAGCAAUUUAAUGGCGUUGUCUUGGCGGAAGAGGAAGGCAAAGCUAUCGCCGAAGCUUUGGGAAACAAGAAGGCUGCAUUGUUACAAAACCACGGCAUAUUAACGGUCGGAAAAUCAGUCGAAGAGACUGUUUUCUGGUUUGUUAGUAUGGAGAAGUGCAGUUAUGCUCAAUUAUUAGCAGACGCUGCUGCUGGUGGUCGCGGAGAGACUACAGUCAAGAUUGACGAGGAGGAUGCUGCCUCUACAUACAAGACAGUCGGUACUUCAAUGGCCGGAUGGUUCAGUGCAAAACCCAUGUUUGAUGUGAUUCAUCAUGAAACAAAGGGCGAGUACUUGAAUUAG